AUGAAUGUCUCUCCUCUGCCUUCCGCUCCCGUUGCCCUCCAGACCACCGCCCGGCGGCCCAAGCCCACCCGGACCCCCAAUUCUGCGGCAUCCAGCGGCACGGCCGGGCCCUCGGGCUCAGCCUCUGCCUCCGGCGGGGAGAUGAGCAGCAGCGAGCCCAGCACGCCUGCUCAGACGCCGCUGGUGGCCCCGGUUAUCCCAACUCCCUCCCUGACCUCUCCGGUGGCACCUCCGGUUCCCUCACCCACAAAGGAGGAGGAGAAUUUGCGUUCUCAAGUCAGGGACCUGGAGGAGAAAUUGGAGACUCUGAAGAUAAAGCGAAAUGAAGACAAGGCAAAGCUUAAAGAGCUGGAGAAGUACAAGAUCCAGCUGGAGCAGGUGCAAGAAUGGAAGAGCAAAAUGCAAGAGCAACAGGCUGAUCUGCAGAAACGAUUAAAGGAGGCCAAAAAGGAAGCCAAAGAUGCCUUGGAAGCCAAGGAGCGGUACAUGGAGGAGAUGGCAGACACCGCCGAUGCGAUUGAAAUGGCAACCCUGGACAAGGAGAUGGCAGAGGAGCGAGCGGAGUCCCUGCAGCAGGAGGUGGACUCCCUGAAAGAGAAGGUGGAAUAUCUCACAAUGGACCUGGAGAUCCUGAAGCAUGAGAUCGAAGAGAAAGGCUCGGAUGGAGCAGCGUCCAGUUACCAAGUCAAACAGUUGGAAGAGCAAAACGCGAGACUCAAGGAAGCUCUUGUAAGGAUGCGGGACUUGUCUGCAUCAGAGAAGCAGGAACAUGUGAAGCUCCAGAAGCAAAUGGAGAAGAAGAACACGGAGCUGGAGUCCCUGCGUCAGCAGAGGGAGAAGCUUCAGGAGGAGGUGAAGCAGGCGGAGAAAACGGUGGAUGAGCUAAAGGAGCAGGUGGAUGCUGCUUUGGGUGCUGAAGAGAUGGUGGAGACUCUGACGGAGAGGAACUUGGACCUGGAGGAGAAGGUCCGGGAGCUGCGUGAGACGGUUGGGGACCUGGAAGCCAUGAAUGAGAUGAAUGACGAGCUGCAGGAGAACGCCCGGGAGACAGAGCUGGAGUUACGGGAGCAGCUGGAUAUGGCGACGGCACGGGUCCGCGAGGCAGAGAAGCGCGUGGAGGCUGCACAAGAGACCGUGGCUGACUACCAGCAGACCAUCAAAAAAUACAGAGAGCUGACAGCACACCUCCAGGACGUGAACCGAGAACUCAUGAGUCAGCAAGAAGCAUCUGCUGAGAAACAGCAGCAGCCUCCUCCCGAGAUGUUUGACUUCAAGAUUAAAUUUGCAGAGACAAAAGCCCAUGCUAAGGCCAUCGAGAUGGAGCUGCGGCAGAUGGAGGUGCAGCAGGCCAACCGGCACGUCUCCCUCCUCACCUCCUUCAUGCCCGACAGCUUCCUGCGCCACGGAGGGGACCAUGACUGCAUCCUGGUGCUGCUGCUCAUCCCUCGGCUCAUCUGCAAGGCUGAGCUGAUCAGCAAACAGGCUCAGGAGAAGUUUGAUCUGAACGAGAACUGUGCGGAGCGCACCGGCCUCAGGGGUGCUGCGGGAGAGCAGCUGAGCUUUGCUGCCGGGCUGGUCUAUUCCCUGAGCCUCCUGCAGGCUACGCUGCACAAAUACGAACAGGCCCUGAACAAAUGCAGCGUGGAGGUCUAUAAGAAGGUGGGGAUGCUGUACCCCGAGAUGAGCGUCCACGAGCGCUCACUGGACUUCCUGAUCGAGCUGCUGCACAAGGACCAGCUGGACGAGACGGUCAACGUGGAGCCGCUGACCAAAGCCAUCAAGUACUACCAGCAUCUGUACAGCAUCCACCUGGCUGACCAGGCUGAAGACUGCACGAUGCAGCUGGCCGACCACAUCAAGUUCACCCAGAGUGCCUUGGACUGCAUGGGGGUGGAGGUGUGCCGGCUGCGAUCCUUCCUCCAGGCCGGGCAGGAGGCGUCCGACCUUGCCAUCCUCCUCAAGGACCUGGAGACCUCCUGCAGUGACAUUCGCCAGUUCUGCAAGAAGAUCAGGCGCCGCAUGCCCGGGACGGACGCUCCGGGUAUCCCGGCGGCACUGGGCUUCGGGCCGCAGGUGUCGGACACGCUGCUGGACUGCCGCAAGCACCUGACGUGGGUGGUGGCCGUGCUGCAGGAGGUGGCCGCUGCCGGGGCGCAGAUGAUCGCUCCUCUGGCGGAGAAUGAGGGGCUGCUGGCGGUGAAGCUGGAGGAUCUGGCCUUCAAAGCGAGCGAGCAGAUCUAUGGCACCCAGGGCAUCAACCCCUACGAGUGUCUGCGUCAGUCUUGCAGCAUCCUCAUCGCGACCAUGAACAAGAUGGCCACGGCUAUGCAGGAGGGAGAAUACGACGCGGAUAGGCCCCAGAGCAAGCCCACCCCACCUGCUGACCUACGGGCAGCGGCUCUUCGGGCAGAGAUCACCGAUGCUGAGGGGCUGGGGCUUAAGCUGGAGGACAGGGAGACAGUCAUCAAAGAGCUGAAAAAGUCCCUCAAGAUCAAGGGCGAGGAGCUCAGCGAAGCAAACGUGCGGCUCAGUCUCCUGGAGAAGAAGCUGGACAGCGCGUCCAAGGAUGCAGAUGACCGUGUGGAAAAGAUACAGACAAAGCUGGAUGAGACCCAGACGCUGCUCAAGAAGAAGGAGAAGGAGUUUGAGGAAACCAUGGAUGCUCUUCAGGCAGAUAUCGACCAGCUGGAAUCGGAGAAGGUGGAGCUGAAGCAGCGCUUGAACAACCAGUCAAAGCGAACCAUCGAGGGCCUGCGCGGCGCCCCUGCCUCUGGAGUUGCCUCCAUCGUGUCCGGCAUCGCCGGAGGUGCGUAA